AUGCCUGAUGCAGUAGACAAGGUGGUGUACUGCGUGGCGUUCAGUCUGUCGCUGUGGUGGCUGCUGGAUGAAUCAAUGUACCGCAGCGAGCACACCAACAGCAGCGGACGUGUGCCAGGCUACGUGUUGUGCGCAGGACACUUGGUGCUGGUGGUGGCCUCCUUCGUCAUGCUCUACGGCCUCUACAAGAGGAUGGCGCGAGUGGUGCUGUGCUGGGUGCUGCUCAUGGUCCUUGUAUUCUUCCCUGAGAUGGGGCUGGUGCUAUUCGUCAACCUCUACCACAGGACAGUGGCGACGUCGUCCGGCAUGCUGGACCUCGCCCUGUACACCGUGCGCGCCGCUCUCAACGUGGUGUGCAUCCUGUGCGUGCACAGCCUCUACACCAGCUGGCGUCGCAGCCGCAAGACACACCAGCUACACCAGCUACCUCAUCACCAGCUGUCGCCGCCCAAAGACGCGCUCGAGGACGAGUCUCUGUACAACGGCAGCUACUACAGCGGCCUGCCACCCGCAUACCCGGCCAGCCUGUACUCUCAACCGCCAUACUCCGGCUAUAAUAACGGCUAUGACAUCGACGGUUAUGACACCCGUUCACUAGGCGGCUAUGGAAGUAACGGUUACGCUGCAAACGGUUACGAUGGUCGUUUCGACAACGGGUACCUGAAUAAUGGAUACGCUGCGUCCAAGGAACUAGUGCCUAGUAAAGGGAACGGUCUCCGCAUGGAGCCACGGGCUUUGUCCAGAUGUUCCUCGCACUUGUCUCUUCGCUACGACCCCGUCUACGGCAGCCAGCGUCUGCCUGCUCAGUUCAACGCAGCGCUCUACGCCUCCGCCACCUCCCUCACUAAUGUCGCCGGCCAUACCGGUUCGUACUACCUGCGAGGCGGUUGCCUGCAACACCAACGACAGCUGGUGUCGGCAGGUGGCUUGCACACGGCAGCCUACCUGCAGCAGAUGGUGCAGUACCUGCCCCAGGACUACGCCACGCAGUCCCUAGACCGCAGGGGGUUGAGGAGAGAGGAAGACUGCGACACCCUGAGCCUGCGGGGCGUGGGGGUGCGGGGGCCACGUCAGGGCUUCAUCCUCGCCCCCCGAGGACGGGGGAGCCUCGCCCCCCGGGGGCGGGGCAGUCAGAUGUCGCUGGGGGGCAACAGCGACGAGCUCGGCCAGUACAAAGACGUGGCUCUCUGACGUCCGCUGCGUUAAUUACCAAUUAGCUCAUUAGUUAAUAAGCUAAAAAAAUAUUGAUUAUUGUUUAUAAAGGUCAAGUCGAAAUGACCUCCGCUGCGUUAUUUACCAAUUAGGUGAUUAAUUAAUAAGCUAACAGAAAUAUUGAUUGUUGUGUAUAAAGGUCAAGUUGUUGUUGUUAGUUGCCCGGGACCGCUGCUCGGCGGCGCCCCCGAAAAGGCGGCGGCUCCGGGGGAGGAGGGGGGAGGGGAGGUUCCGCUCCAAGGAUGUCGGCGAAGGAUGGGAGCGACGAGAGGAAAGCCGCAGUCGGCCCAGGGUUAGACCAGAGGUCCAGAGGGGUCAGCGAGGUGGGAUGCGAGGGGCAGCUGAAGAGGUGAUGAGUGGUGUGGUCCAUAGUGCCGCACUCAGGGCAGAGUGGGCUGUUGGCUGCACCAAUGCGGGCGAGGUACGAAUUGAGCCGCGAUGAGUAGCCAGAGCGGAGCUGGGAAAGGGCGCUUCUGGUCGCCCUGGGGAGGGAUAGCUUGCUGGAUGAGACAGUGGGGGCAGGGGUCAGCAACACCUUGUUGGGAGCUGCUGAGGACAGGUAGGAUGAGACAGCGGAGCUGUGCAGGGUCCUGAGGGCAGCGGAGUAGGUGUCGGGGCGGGAGGGAUCCCUCCUCCAGCAGGUGAGAGACUGAAGGGAGGAAGCGGGACUGGAGCGUGUGCUUCAUGGACCGAGGCCCUGAUGUCUGGGUGACGAUAGGGUAGCUGGGAUGGUGUGGUCGAAGGGCACUGGCAAGGUACUGUGAGCAGAGCAGAGAGAUGUGUUCGGCCACGGCUAAGACCUCAGCUUCACUGUGCAGGUGAGAAGCGGAGGCCAUUUUAAGAGAUCCCGUGGCUAUGCGGAGGGCAGAGUUUUGAAUAGUUUGCAGCUUGGAGAUUGCCGAGGGAGAGGCGUUAGGGAACCACGCUGGGGCAGCGUAGGUGAAGAGGGACUUAAUAAGAGCCUUGAAAGUCACCAAGAGGGUUUCCUUCUACUGCCCCCAGCUGCUUCCGGCAAGGGAUUUGAGGAUGUUGAGGCGCGGGCGGACUCUCUGUCAUAUCACAGCGAUAUGAGGCUAGAAGGUGAAGUGGCGGUCAAGAGUGACCCCGAGGAUCUUCGGGGUUCGACAAAGUGGGAGGUUGGACCCCUCCCAUCUGACAUGAGGGUCUAUUUGUGAUUGAUGGGUGUCAGAGGUGAAGAGGGUGGUGUGGGAUUUGGGGAUAGACACCGAUAACCCCUUCCGACGAGCCCAUGCCGCCACAUCGGAGGAGUGUGAGGAGAGGACUGCAGACGCGUCGGCGAUCUGCACGGCCCCCGCAGCGGCUGUGAAAUCGUCCGCAUAGGAGGUGAUUAAGGGGGCGGACUGGGGGAAGUCUGAGACAUGGGAGUUGAAGAGGGCGGGCGAGAUGACGGAUCCCUGUGGGACUCCAGCGAGGACCGGCCGUGGAGAAGAGAUGCAGCUGUUGUAGGAGCACCUGGCUGACUGGCCUCUGAUGUAGCAGAUCAGCCAGCGGGUGAUAUUGGCGUGGAGGGGAGUGAUGGUGAUGUGAGAGAUGAGCUGAGCAUGAGGCAUGGUGUCAAAAGCCUUGCUGAAGUAUAUUGCCAUUGCUAUUGUCCUGGUUGGUGGGCGAGGCUGUUUGAAGCCUGUAGCUAUGGCCUGGGUUAGUGGAAGCAGGGCAGAUGUUGUGGAGUGAAGGGAGCGGAAACUUGAACUUGAACUUGAACUUGAACUCGUCGGAUGGUUGAGGCCUCUAGCAAGGCCUGUUCAUCUCUCCAAAGUCGAAGCCAACCCAAUUCAAUACAGGACCCUAAUUCUGGCAUUCUGGCUUAUAUAGUGAUGGCAGGUCCCUCCAGUGAUGGUCAAGUAAGUUUUUAAAAGAGUUCGCAGAUGUAGCCGAGACCACACCAUCGGGCAGGUCGUUCCACGAGUCGAUAAUCCUGUGCGAAAUGAAGUUUCCUCUCACGUUAAGCCGAUAUUUGCUCUUAUACAGCUUCAUGGAGUGACCCCUGAGUCGCGUUGUAGUGGCCUUAAUGAACGUUGGGUGCUGAACGCUGUAGUACCCGUGCAGGUAUUUGUAAACCUCGAUCAUGUCGCCGCGCAAGCGUCGGUGUU